ACAAAAACAAGAGAGAGAGAAACAAAGAUGAUUAUUUGAGUCGCGACUUUCUUUUCUCGUCCAGUCUCUCUCAUUUUCCUUGACUUUCUCAGGAGCCAAACAAGGGCCAAAAGGUUCCAUUCUGGUGUUGCGAAGCUCUUGGUUUUUAUGGUUGUUUGUGUUCGAGACAGAGAGAGAGAGAGAGAUUUUUUCUUUCACUUUCACGGAAAAUGUUCGGCUUUUCUCGUCGACGCAUGAAGCUUGGACGAUUGAAGGUCCAACUCAAUGAAUCUGCUAAUGGAACUCCUAUUAGACAACCGAAACGAACUGGAAACUCCAAUAGCGAAUGUGAUGGCCCAGUUAGUAGAAAAUCCAAUGAGGUCGAUGCUCAAUGUUCAUCCGCUGCCCCGGAGAACGGUAGUUCUGCAAUGGGGAACUCUGAAAACUGGAUGAUGUUAUCCAUUUCUGGGGACAAGCCCACGCCACGCUUCAAUCACGCAGCAACUGUGAUUGGGAACAAGAUGAUAGUGGUGGGUGGUGAAUCUGGAAAUGGGUUGCUUGAUGAUGUGCAGGUGCUUAAUUUUGACAGGUUUUCCUGGACCACAGCUUCUUCAAAACUUUACUUGUCUCCAAGCAGUCUGCCACUCAAGAUUCCAGCAUGCAAGGGCCAUUUUCUGGUAUCAUGGGGGAAAAAGGCACUUCUUGUGGGCGGAAAAACUGAACCAUGGGGUGACAAAGUCUCAGUGUGGGCAUUUGACGCAGAGACAGAGUGCUGGUCACUUAUGGAAGCAAAAGGAGACGUACCAGUUGCUCGCAGUGGUCAUACUGUAGUUAGGGCGAGCUCUGUCUUAAUCCUAUUUGGGGGUGAAGAUGCUAAGAGGAGGAAGCUAAAUGAUCUGCAUAUGUUUGAUCUUAAAUCCUCGACUUGGCUUCCUCUUCAUUGCACAGGAACUGGACCUUCUCCUAGAUCCAACCACACAGCGGCUCUUUAUGAUGAUAAAACUCUCUUUAUUUUUGGAGGGGCAUCGAAGUCAAAAACCUUAAGUGACUUGUAUUCUCUUGAUUUUGAAACAAUGAUAUGGUCAAGAAUUAAGACACGAGGUUUCCAUCCAUCACCUAGAGCUGGUUGCUGUGGAAUUCUAUGUGGAACGAAGUGGUAUAUUGUCGGGGGUGGAAGCAGGAAAAAACGACGUGGUGAGACUCUUGUCUUUGAUAUUUUAAAAGUUGAGUGGUCAGUGGCCGUUGCAUCACUCCCAUCUUCCAUCACCACGAAUAAGGGUUUCAGUCUAGUGCUUGUGCAGCACAAGGACAAGGAUUUUCUUGUUGCUUUUGGGGGGUCCAAAAAGGAGCCAUCAGAACAGGUUGAAGUAUUGGCAAUGGAAAAGAAUCAAUCAUCCAUUAGUCGCCAAUCUUUUCCAAGUAAAGGCCCAGGGAGUUUGCUUUUAGAAAAAUACUCAUCAUCCACAGCUUUGGCUAGUCAACUAAGUAAUGGUUCUUCCCAACGUACGGUUGAUUCAGCUGCCAAACAAAAUUUAGCAUCUGUAAUUGAACAGCAUGGUUCUGGAAGAUUAUCAUUAUCAGAAUCCUCACUCAUUGACCCGAAUUCUGUUACUAGCAAUAUCUCACUUCGCAAGCAAUUUCAUAAUGAGGAAGAGUACAACACGGCUAUUAAGAUGGCAAAAGCAGAAGAUGAAAGCUCAUUUUCCCAGGCAGCAGAACAUAAAAUAAGUCAAUCUGAUUCAGGAACCCGUACUAGUACUGUUGGAGGUAAACUUUGUACAGAAGAUAUGGUUGCUGUAUAUGAGCCUGAAAAUUUGAAUCCUCAUAACCAAGGAAGUGCAAACCUUCCUGUUGAUAGCAGUGAUUCGGUAUUCCCAGUAAAUGAUAUUAAAUUGGGAUCAGUACCAGCUCCUUCAAGCGUAUCCCAGUUUUACGAAACGAAAAUUACACAACUGAUAAGAAAGAAUGCAAUAUUAGAAGGGCAGUUGGCUGCUGCAUUUGCAAGCCGAGAAGCCGUGGAAAAAAAUUUGUCAUCUGCUCUAAAGAGCAAACAGGAGAUGGAGAAAAAGUUGGCUGAGAUGAUGAAAGGAAUGGAAUUGCUGAAGGAGAAGCUUGCUGGCGUCGAACUUGCACAAGAAGAGGCUAACAACCUCUCAAAUAUAGUUCAUUCUGAUAACGUACGGCUCGAGCAUGAUGUGGCUUUCCUCAAGGCAGUGUUGGAUGAUACUCAGAAGGAAUUGCACUCAACUAGAGGGGUCCUUGCGGGGGAACGAGCUAGGGCAUUCCAACUACAGGUUGAAGUAUUUCAUCUGAAACAACGCUUGCAAUCUAUGGAGAACCGGGCGCCCACUCCGCGGAAACCAUUCCAUGUUUAGUGUGGAAGGAUGGAGCCAGGAAAAACAGAUGAAUGCCGGAUGAAAACGUGCGCUGGGAGUUUACAGGAAAGCCCCUCUCCCAUCUUCCGAAUCUUGGCUUCAUCAGAGGCAGCCUACUUCAAUGCUUGGCUCAGCCAUUGAGCUCCGGAUGGGAACCAAGAAUCCAUAUUAUUUUGGAACUGUACAUAGUGAUCUACUGUUAGAUCUCGUGCAACAUUUUGUAAUUUUGCGCCUGUUUUGGCUGAAGAUGGUAGCACCACGGCUUGUACUUGUUGUCUGCCGAUCCAUUGCAUCUGGCUUCAGGCUUUUGUACAUUAAAAAUCUUAUCUACGCGGUUCUCAUUGCUUUCUCAAGUAUGACUUGCAAGAAUCUUUAUUAAUAUAUACAUUAGUCAAGGCUUACGUCUUUCU